GAUAGACAAGAAGACCGUCACCGAGUUUGGAUCCAACGGGUCGUUCAUUACUCCGUCGAAAGUCAUUGAUUACAGUAGAGAUUUAGGGUUUUUUUUUUUUUUGUAAAGAGUUUGUAGCCUUGCAAAAAAGCGGAAGAAGGAGAGAAAUUAUCUUUGUAAAUUGCUAUAAUCGCAGGUACAAUCUCUAAAAUCCUCUGGGCGGUUUCUACUUUUUCUUUGUAAAUUUUUACAUAUUUAGUGGAGAGACUCAACUCAUUGCCCUGACUCUCUUCUGCAAGUUACGAAAUUUGUUCCUUGUGAUACCCAAAACUUUCCAUUUCAGAUUGAAUGUGUUGUUGAUGAUAAUGGCAGGAUCGGUGGUUUAACCGGGACCGGGAGGAGUAUGGAGCGAGAGAGGACCCUGGGAACCGGGGUGGAUCAUGUAUUGAACUAUCUAAAACGUAAGCAGCUCGAGAAUCCAGGUUUCAUGUAUGCAAUGGAGGAGAAUGGUGGAAAUGUUUUCUGGGCGGAUCCAACAUGCAGGUUGAAUUAUACCUACUUUGGCGAUACUGUGGUUUUUGACACAACCUACAGGAGGGGUCAGAGGUAUCAAGUGCCAUUUGCUGCCUUCACCGGCUUCAGCCAUCAUGGACUGCCUCUUCUGUUUGGCUGUGCUCUUAUACUCAACGAGUCUGAGUCCUCCUUUGCGUGGCUUUUCCAGACUUGGCUUCAAGCAAUGUCUGCUCCCCCUCCUCCUUCUAUUACAGUCGAACCAGACCGGCUGAUACAGGUUGCUGUUUCUCAAGUCUUCAGUCAGACUCGCCUUCGUUUCAGCCAGCCCCUCAUCUUCAGGGAAACCGAGGAGAAACUUGCACACGUCUAUCAGUCUCAUCCUGGCUUCGAAUCCGAAUUCAUAAAUUGCGUUAUCGAGACAGAAACGGCUGCUGAGUUUGAGGCCUCCUGGGACUCUAUCGUCAGAAGAUACUAUCUAGAGGAUAACGACUGGUUCCAGUCGAUCUAUAAUGCUAGGCAACAAUGGGUCCCAGUUUUUAUUAGAGGCACCUUUUAUGGAGAGCUUUCUGCAAAUGAAGGAAGCAGCAUGUUGAACUCAUUCUUCCAAGGGUUUGUGGACGCAUCAACUACCAUGCAAAUGCUCAUAAACCAGUAUGAGAAAGCAAUUGAUUGUUGGCGUGAGAAAGAACUGAAAGCAGAUUAUGAAGCAACCAACUCAACUCCAAUUAUGAAGACGCCCUCUCCCAUGGAAAGGCAAGCUGCUAGCCUUUAUACCAGGGCAGCGUUCAUCAAGUUUCAGGAGGAGUUUGUUGAGACCCUUGCAAAUCCUGCAAAUAGGAUUAGUGAUUCCGGAACUCGCACCACUUAUCGUGUGGCUAAGUUCGGACAAGCUCACAAUGGUCAUACGGUCAAUUUUGACUCUCUUGAGGUGAAAGCUAAUUGCAGCUGUCAAAUGUUUGAGUAUUCAGGGAUUCUUUGUAGACACAUAUUGGCAGUAUUUAGGGCUAAAAAUGUCCGUACUCUUCCAUCUCGGUAUCUACUAAGGCGAUGGACCAAAGAAGCAAAGACUAGCGGCAUUGAGGAACAACCCGAGUUUUCAAACAGUUGCCAAGAAUCUUUAACCGUCUGCUGUGACAAUCUACGCCAAGAAGCAACCAAGUAUGUGGAGGAGGGCGCCAAAUCUAUUAAGAUUUAUAAAGCUGCAAUGGAUGCCUUAGAUGAAGCUGCCAAGAAGGUUGCUGCUGUUGCAAGUAAUAAAAUUAGAGGAUCCACACCUGGAACUAGUUCUGCCAACGGAGAUUCUUACCCGUUUGACGAAGCUCAAGAAACUGCAAAUGCAAUGAAUCAUCCAGGGGGUGAAAAGGAGAGGAAGAUACUUGAACUGACAGCUGAACUGGAGAGGACUGGUCAGCGAUGCGAAGUUUAUCGAGCAAACCUGCUAUCUAUUUUGAGAGAUAUGGAAGAACAGAAGUAUCAGCUAUCCCUCAAGGUACAAAAUGCUAGACUAAGCUUGAAAGAGUGAGUGCAACCUGCUGGAUACAUAACAAUCACAAUUCAAAUCGCAUACUGUGCUUGGUAUUGCUAAGAUUUAUGGGACUCGACUUCAUGCUUACUCAUUGAGAAUAUGAUUGGGAGUACAAUCUGUUGCAAAGACUACCUACUGAGCUAUAACGGGGAAAUCCUGAAAAUUGGGUCCCUCUUUCAAAAACCCUUAGAUAUUAUACACGAGGAAUCAUAUGAAAGACCAAAUAUUUUUUGCUUGUUUCACAGACUAUCCUUCAAGCUAAUUUUGAUGUUCUGCACUUUGAUGGACACUUGUAACUUUUGAUCUUCCAUUUCUUUCAAAACUGAAAGUAAGUUAGUCCUGUAAGCUUCACAUUUCCUUUUUGCUAAUUCCAGCUCGUUU